AUGUCAGUAUUGGUAAGCGCGCACAGCAGUCGCCCGUUCGUUCUCCUCUUCUUUUCUGAUAAAGCUGCUGUUUUGGUGCAAUUAUUGCCGCACAUAAAAACUCGUGAGGGAAUCAACGGCUGUCCGAGCAUCAAACACAAUCAAUACGCCAAUAAAAGAAUUGGGGCGACAGCAGGGCUACCGGCAAGAGUGCAUUCAGCUAAAUAUUAUCGUUUGUCACCUGCGUGCGUGCGUGUGUUCGUGUGUGUGGGUGUGUGUUAGUGCUUUGUUCGGCUGCGAGGCAAGGAAAUGGCAAAGAAAACCUACGAUUUACUCUUCAAACUGUUGCUGAUCGGCGACUCGGGCGUGGGGAAAACAUGCAUACUGUUCCGUUUCUCGGAUGAUGCCUUCACCUCAACGUUUAUAUCGACCAUAGGAAUCGAUUUCAAAAUCAAAACAGUGGAGCUGCAGGGCAAGAAGAUCAAACUUCAGAUAUGGGACACCGCCGGCCAGGAGCGUUUCCACACGAUAACCACCUCCUACUACCGAGGCGCCAUGGGCAUAAUGCUCGUCUAUGACAUAACGAACGAGAAGAGCUUCGAGAACAUAGUCAAAUGGCUGCGGAAUAUAGACGAGCACGCCAACGAGGACGUGGAGAAGAUGAUUCUGGGCAACAAGUGCGACAUGACGGACAAACGGGUGGUGAACAAGGAGCGCGGCGAAGCGAUUGCCCGGGAACAUGGAAUUCGCUUUAUGGAAACAUCCGCCAAAUCAAACACAAACAUCGAGGAGGCCUUCUGCGAGCUGGCCCAGGCCAUUCUGGACAAGACGUCCGGCCGUGAGUCGGCCGAGAACCAGGAGAGGGUGAUCAUCGACCGGCGGAACAACGACAAGGCGCCGGGAUACGCCGGGAAGUGCUGUGCGUAAAAGACCUCCCAACACUAUGGAUGAUGGGUUGGAUUCGAUGGGAUGGAUAUACGGGGGACAGUUUUUGAAACUGCUCCACACAGACACACACCAUACACACACACAGACAGACAGAGGGAGACACAUACCCGGACACCCGACGAAAUGAAGCAAUAAACCUAGGCCGCGUCGCCGGAGGGAACCAUUUACUUACUAAUAACUGGAACAAGCAACAGAAACAACCUACCUAAAGUUUAACGAUAUAAAAAAUAUUGUAAUACGAACAUUUGGAAGCAACUUUACAAGAUCCAUGAUGGUAAAAGCAGAACACAAGGCUACGUUAGUUGACGCACGCACACAGACGACACUUGGACUCCGCAGCAGAUUGCAGAUUGCAGAUUUAAGAUUGGAGAUUGAAGGGAAACCCUGGGAUAAAUGGAUGAGCCAACCUGGGGUUUAACAUUGUUAAGUUAGCUAACGCUUAGCGCGGACGAAAGAUCAAUAUCGGUUCCAGAAUGCAGACAGACACAAGCAACUUUUGUAACGCAACUUUUGAUAUAUAUAUAGUCCUAUGAUUCCUUAAGCUCAUUCGUCGAUAAUUGCCAUUCGCCAUCACGAUUUCUACCUGUCUCCAACCGCCACCUACGACUCGACUUGUUUUGUUUUGCUUUGCAGCCUAGAUAUACAUAAACGAAUACAUAUUAUACAUUGGAUAGUAUCAAAUAUAUAUAUGUAAAAACGCAUAGGUUUUCCCGCUUGGAUUUCCUAAAACAUCAAGGCUCACUGUUUGGGCGUUUUCUUAACUUUUUUCCAAAAAUAGCUUUUAUAUAUUGUAUGAAUGUACCGCGUAUGCAUUUUUUUGCGUGCAUUUUUUUUUUUUUAGGAGUGAGGAGUGAGAAGUGAGGAUUGAGGAGGAGGAGAGCCAAUCAGGUGGCGAUCCCGGGUUUCUCAUUAUUAAGUUAGCGAACGCGGACGGAAGAUCGGUAGCUUGUAUUCGGCGGCCUCGACGAUCAAACAGAGGAGGCCCAUCACCGCUCCCGUAUCCCUAUAAUUUUAUUCUACAUAAUUAUUUUCGUUUAAUACUUAUUACGUGUAAACUGUAUAUGGAUUUAGCGUAGUUGUCCACACCAAAUGAUUAACAGUUUAUUAUUAUGAAAAACAAAUUGAAAAAAAAAUGCAAAAAAAGAAACAAAAAAUAUAUAAAAAACUUAAACCAUGUCAUAUAA